AUGCUCGUCCAAAAGAUCCUUAUCUUGGCUGCCGCAGCCACCCCCAUGGCAUCCGCUCUUCGCUCCAAGGGUAGUCGUACUGGCGUCUCUGGCUGGUGCGACUUCACCUGGGCUAAUGCCAAUAAGGUCCAGAACGUCCAGUGCGGAGCCAAGGACACUGCCAAUGACGACCAUCCUGUAUACGCUUUUUUGGCACUAUACUCAGACAACGGCAAGGAGAAGGAGAUCGCUCGUUUUGAUAACAAGGCCGGGUACAACACGGAGAGGUGGGACAACACCAAGCAUAGCUGGAGCAACUUGCCGCGCAGCAAUUUGUCGAAGGCGAGGGUGAGGGUUUGCGUGAAUAUUCAGCUUGGUGAAGACAAGUGUGAGUGGGGUAACUUCGUCGAUAAUCCGUACGAGUCGGGCACUUCUUGA